AUGAAAAAUACGAGUAGUUCGGUUUUGGAAAGCACAUUGGAUUUUAUCGAGCGGAAGAGAGCAGAGGCUCUUCGUCGUUUAAGGGAAGGAAAAUCCUCGGAAACGGAGGGGGAUAUUAACGACCGUUUCGACGAGUAUGCUCGAAGCGAAAGGAGAAAAGCCAUCGGAAAGGGUAUCAUCAGGUCUGCGGCAAAAAGAUUUCGCGAUCGUCGCGAGCAGACCGCAAAGUACGAAAGGGCGGAAAUCCGUAAUCAAAAAAGAUGGGAAAAAGAGAUUUUAGAGGAGGAACGGCGUCGCGAGAAAGCGAGUGUAUCGCGGGAAGCAAAAAAGGAGUUGCAGAGACUUCGUCGCAACGCAAAGGCACGCGAAAAGUAUCGUGCGGAAAAUCUUCGUAUCGCUUCGGGAAAAUGGAAGGGUAAGAAGAAAUUGGGAAAAAUACAACUGAAGCUCGGUGACAAACUUAAGAGGAUUUGGGAGUCCGAAAAGGAUUUUACACCCAUGUUGGAAAACAACGCCAUCGAUAAUAGGGUAAAAAAGUACACGAUUACUCCGGAAGGAAGAUACGAUCCACCCUUCUUUUUGGAAAGGGUUACGGAUGCGGUGAUCAGACUUAUCCGAUCGACGAAGGGGUCUAAGAACGUAAGGUUGAUUCUAACAUGUAUCAUGGUACGGAAGACGAAGGACGGCAACGAAGAGAGGAGGACGGCCUUUUUCCGUUCGAAGAACCACAAGUUGCAUGGUACGGAAGGAACGAUCGAUGCCGUCGAAGAGAUGAAGGGAAAAAUUCUAAAAUCUUUUUCGGAAUAUCAGAAGGAGGGAAGUUCGUGGAUGUUGUUUCGUCUGAUAAAGUUGGAUAUUUUUAUCGAAGGAUACGAUCCGGUUCGCGGUGCAAAGCAUGAAAAAUUACCGAAGGGAUUGGCAAGAGGUUCGAUCGUCAACAUGUUGAACAAGAACGACGACGAAUGUUUCAAGUGGGCGGUAACGCGUGCGUUGAAUCCGGUUGAGAAAGAUCCCGGUAGAAUUUCGAAACUUCUCCGUAAACAAUCCGAAGAGUUAAAUUGGGAGGGAUUGAAAUUUCCGUUGAAAGUGUGUGACGUUGAAAAAUUCGAAAAGCUGAAUCCUGGAAUUACAGUCAGCGUAUUUGGAAUAGACGAAAGUAAGACAAUUUACGCUUUGAAAGUAUCGAAAAGACGGAAUUCCGUUCGUCUUUUCUUUUGGGAAAAUCAUUACGGAGUUGUGAAAAGUAUGUCUGGACUUCUUAGCAAUCAACUUAGUAACCACCAGCAUCGAAAAUACAUUUGCGAUCGAUGUCGGAACGGAUUUGGUACCGAAAAGUUACUAACGGACCACGAACCGUUAUGUUACGAUCACGAAGGUCAGACUCAAAAAUAUCCGAAACCGGGUACGAAAAUAAGAUUCCGCAACUAUCAAAAGAUGCAGGAAUUUCCAAUUUACAUAGUCGGUGAUUUCGAAUGUUUUUUGGAACCGUUGGACGUGAAGAAGAUGAGUAACGAAGGGACGCUUCAGUACCAGAAGCAUAAUCCUAGCGGGUUCGGUUACUACGUGAAUUGUUUCGACGAUAGUUUGUACAAGUCCAAGUACGUACAUUACACCCAGCAGUACGAGGACGAAGACGUUACUUUGACAUUUUGUAAGUAUGUUUUGUCGGAUAUGAUUGAAAUUUAUGAAAGAUUUAAGGAACCGGCUCCUUUAAAAAUGACCGAGGAGGACGAAAAAGAUUUUGAAAAAUCUAUCCGGUGUAACGCGUGUCGAAGGAUAUUUGAGGUGAAGAGGGACGAGGAAGAAGAGGGAAAACAGAAAAAAGUAAGGGAUCACUGCCACUAUUCGGGUCGUUAUCGCGGCGCGGCAUGUUGUAAGUGUAAUUCGAGGAUGAGACAACCAAGAUUUAUCCCGUUUUCAUUUCAUAAUUUGGAAUGUUACGACGCUCAUCUUUUUAUCGUGAAUCUGGCGUUACUCGGGGGUGGAAUAGACUGUAUUCCAAAAACGAAAGAAAGAUACAUUUCGUUCUCGAAAGGUAUACGCGUCGACUCGUAUAUAGACGAGGAAGGUAAAUCCGUGGGUAUCUAUCGGGAGUUACGGUUUUUGGACUCUUUAAAAUUCAGACCGGCUUCGCUGAAUAAGCUUGCAAAAGGGUUGGGAAAGGACCAGUUUAAGAAUUUGGAAGGAGCGACUUUGGAUUACACUGUCGAACAGCGUAAAGUAUUAAAGUUGAAGGGUGUGUAUCCGUACGAGUAUAUGGAUGGAUUUUCCAGAUUGAACGAGACGUGUCUUCCUCCGAAAGAGAAAUUUUAUAGCAGUUUGUCGGAAUCACAUAUUACCGACGAGGAGUACGAGCGUGCACAAUACGUGUGGAAAUUAUUCGGAAUGAAAACCAUGCGUGAUUACCACGACGUCUAUUUAAAAACGGACGUUCUUCUUUUGGCAGACGUGAUGGAUGAUUUUCGGAAGAACAGUAGUAAGGAUUACAAACCUCUGUGGUAUUACACGUCUCCGUCUUUAACGUGGGACGCGUGUUUAAAAAAGACGGGGAUCGUUCUCGACUGCAUAUCCGACCCGACGAUGUAUAAUUUUUUCGAAGAGUCGUGUCGCGGUGGAAUCAGUACAGUUCUGAAAAGGUUUGCCGUCGCCGACAACAAGUACAUCGGUAUUUCGAAAAUUCCGGAAUCGGUCAUUCGAUGGUUGAAAGAUCUGAACGUCACCUUUCAAAACAAUCCAAAGUAUUGGGAAAAGAUCAUGGACGCCUUCGAAAGGAAAUUAGAAAUUUUACUAAGAAAUUAUAGCGACGAGGACGUACCUGAAUAA